AUGCCUGGCUCUGGAAACUGUCUCUGCGGCAGCAUUGCUUUCGAAUACACCGGCGAACCUGCCUUGACCGCACUGUGCCACUGCACCGCUUGCCAACAAUGGGGCGGCAGCGCAUUCUCCUCGAACGUGGCCGUUCUGACGACAAACUUCGCCAUCACGAAGGGAACCCCCAAGACAUGGGCACGUACCGGAGAUCUGUCUGGAAAAAAGCACCAUCUUUUCUUUUGUGGAGACUGCGGAACCAGCAUCUUCUCCCAGCCUGAGGGCAUGCCUGGUGUUACACAGAUCAAGAGUGGAAACAUGAAAAACUCGAAUAUUCCGAUCAUGGCUGAGAUAUUUGUUACUCGGCGUCGUGACUUUGUAACUGCCGUUGCUGGCUCGAAGCAGGCUCCUGAGAUGCCUUAA